CAUUUAUCAACACAAAUGAAUAAUCAUUAUCCUUAAAAUCCUGACUAAAAAACAAUUUAUGUCUAUAUAUAUAUAUAUAUAUAUUUUUAUGUCUAUUUUGGCAUAUACCCCCAUCAAUGGCAAUGAAACUGUUACCAAAUUAACAGAAAUCUUCUUGCUUAUAAAAGUUGACCAAACGUGUAGUACAUUUUGGUAGCAGUCUCCCUCCAAUUCCUUCUGCAGCCUCGAAAUCUUUCACUACUUCUCCUUGAAUUUCUGAGGGAAAAAUGACAGGGGGUAUUGAAAUUGGGAAAGAAGAGCAAGUGACCCUUGAUCUUCUCAAGAAAAAAAUGGAUGACUUUGCCAAGGAACGAGAUUGGGAGCGUUUUCACAGCCCCAGGAAUCUUCUCUUGGCUUUGGUUGGUGAAGUUGGGGAACUUUCAGAGAUAUUCCAAUGGAAAGGGGAGGUUCCAAAAGGCCUUCCUGACUGGAAGGAAGAAGAGAAACAACACCUGGGAGAAGAGCUUUCCGAUGUUCUGCUUUACCUCGUACGACUUUCAGACAUGUGCGGAGUUGAUCUUGGGAAAGCUGCUCUUAGGAAAGUGGAGCUUAAUGCUAUCAAAUACCCGAUUAAUCCCACCAUAAGUUCUUCCAAUAAGAACAACAACGUCACUGAAGACGGUGGCUCUGAGAACUGAAGAAGUAGCCAUCAAAGCAACAAGAAAUAAAUGGAGAUGGAAUUGCUUUUUCUCUACUCCUGAAUAGGUUAAAGUUUUUCCAGCUUUAAGAAUGACGGAAUGAAUAAUGUUUUGGAUAACUUGAUUUGGGCUGUUUCAUUAGCCAAUGAAGAUGGGCAAUUUUGUUGUUUUGGAAGCUGAUAGUUUUAGCAUCAGAUUAAUUAAGAUGUUAGUCUCUUUGGAAUCUCCACGAAAUUGGUAAUCUUUUGUAAUCCUUUGUUUUAUUAGUCGGCUGAGAUGAAAAGCAAUUCCAUUACAUGAAUUUGCCUGAUUUCAACCAAUUUGAAAUGCAACUUGAAAUGGCAUGAUACUAGUACUAGUAUGGAGUUUCAGCAAUGCAGGC